GUCGUUUACAUUCGAUAUUUCUCAACGUCACUUGACUUCGCGCUACCCACGAAUGGACAGAUUCAAGAAAAUGAGAUGCAGCAAGGAGAAGGACGAUUGAGUUUGUCAAACGUAUCAAGUGUACUUUGAGGACGUCAUUUAUUAUCAGUCCUUCGUGCCAUUAUGUUUCCUUAUUGGUUUGAAUUAAUUGUCUGGCAUUUAAUUACGAUAAAUCUACGAUAAUGUUACAACCAAAUUCGUCAAAGGAAAAAUUUCCCAGACUUUAUACUUGAUUUGUUGUUUCUACCAAAUAAGUCGUGUGUUCAACGGAAUCUUUGCACUUACAGAAUGGCUACGUCUACGAAAAAAUCCUGGAAACUCCAGGAUUUCACUGCCCAUUCUUCCAAUGUUAAUUGCUUGGCUUUAGGACAUAAGUCAGGAAGAGUUUUAGUUACUGGUGGUGAUGAUAAAAAGGUUAACUUAUGGGCAGUUGGAAAACAAAAUUGUAUAAUGAGCUUAAGUGGCCACACAACUCCAAUUGAAUGUGUACGAUUUGGACAAACUGAGGACCUCGUUUGUGCUGGUUCCCAAACUGGAGCUUUAAAAAUAUGGGAUUUAGAGCAAGCUAAAUUAGCACGUACGCUUACAGGUCACAAAGCAGGAAUUAAAUGUAUGGAUUUUCAUCCUUAUGGCGAAUUAUUGACUUCAGGAAGUUUAGAUACUGGAAUCAAAUUAUGGGAUAUUCGACGAAAAGGUUGUAUCUUUACUUAUAAAGGACAUAAUGAAACAGUUAACAGUCUCAAAUUUAGUCCUGAUGGUCAAUGGAUUGCUAGUGCUGGUGAAGAAGGAAUGGUAAAGCUUUGGGACCUGAGAGCUGGAAGACAAUUAAGAGAAUUUUCUGAACAUCGAAGAGCUGCAACAACUGUUGAAUUUCAUCCUCAUGAGUUCCUCCUUGCUAGUGGAAGCAUGGAUAGAACUGUUCAUUUUUGGGAUUUAGAAUCUUUUCAACUGGUUUCUUCAACUGAUGCUAAUUUAUCUGCUAUUAGAUGUCUUCAUUUUAGUCAAGGUGGAGAAUGUUUAUUUGCUGGAAGUCAAGAUCUCUUAAAAGUUUUUUGUUGGGAACCCGCGAGAACAUUGGAUACUGUUCCAACAGGUUGGGGUAAAAUUCAAGACAUUGCGAUUGCUCAAAGCCAGUUGAUUGGCGCAAGUGCUAACGGUUCUAAUGUGGUUGUUUUUGUUUGUGAUUUGAAAAAAAUUGCACCUUUUGCUAAUAUAUCUCAACUUUCAUCACCUUUUGCUCAUGGAAAUCCUUCUAGAAGAAGUUUUACAAGAGAAAAUCCUAGAAAACACUCUGUGAAUGUAAAAACAACUAUUGAAGAAGGAGAUAAAUCAGGAUCUGAUCCGGAAGAUGAAGAAUCAAAUGUAGAAAUUCAAAAUUUAACUACAUGUGAAGAUAUAUUUCAACCUCAUCGCUCAUUGUCUCGUACGCCGCCACCAGAACCUGAGGCUUUUCCCGAGCCUCAAGAAAUAGAUCCAACACAGCCUCAAAUAAUUCAAAACUUUACUACCUCAUUGACAAACCUUUCAACUGGAGGAAGUCAAGAUGUCGAAGAAGAUUUAUCACCAUCAUCAUCGAUACCUCCUCCGUCACUGUUUACAAAACCUGUAUCAGUUCGAAAUAAUCCAAUUAAAUCAUCGCCACCAGUUCAGAGGCACUUAAUAAACUCAAGUAUUCAAGUGAAAUUAAAUGUACAGACUGUAAAUAAUACUAGUGCGGGGAAAAAUGUAAAAAAUUUCGCCCAAAUUCCACCAUUAAGACAAAGCAUUACGCCUCUUGUUGGAAAAAAGACUUUAACUAAUAAUUCAAGUAUUACUCAGCCUUUAGGACCUCAAAGGUCGAACUCUACAUUAACUUCAAGAGUUGCACCGAUGGCUGCAGUAUCUCCCUCGGUAAUGGGAGGUGAUGGAAAAUCUAAAAGUCGAGCACCAAGUCCGGAUUCUCCCAAACAUUUCUUCAAACGUCAGAGUAGUUGCAAAGAUGGAGAACAUGGCUAUGAAAGUGAUUUCCCAGUGCAAAUUAAUACAAAUAUUAAACAUAGUCCUUCAGAUCCUGCGCUAAAUAGGCCUAAUACAGGACAAACAAGGUCCAAUUCAAUGGCUAGAAAUUUCAUCAACUCUGGACCACUUUCUGCUAGAAAUUUAGCACCAGCAAAGAAAAAUAAUCGUGCUCAAAUAGCUCCAAAUCCUAAAGUUGACAUCAGAGUACCCCAGUUGAAACAGGAAGCAGUUGAAAAAGAUGACUUUGUGCCAAUGAUUCCUGAUAAACCAAUUGGUCUUGAUGUUGACGACUUCCUACCUAGUACAUUUUCAGGUCUUGCGAGACUUGGAUGUAAUCAGGUACUUAGUGAAACAUCUGAAGUUGAAAUUAUGAAUAGUUUAAUGCGUGGACAACAUGACUCUAUGAUGGCUGUUUUAACUAAUCGUCAAAGAUCUCUUCAAAUAAUUUAUUCUCUUUGGCAUAACAAGGAUGUCAAGUCAGCUAUUGAUUCGGCUGUUGCUAUGAAUGAUUUGUCAGUCAUUGUUGAUCUUCUUGGAGUUCUAAAUUUAAAGGCAACAAUAUGGAAUUUGGAUAUAUGCAAUUCAUUACUCAGGCCUAUUGCAGAGCUACUACAAAGUAAAUAUGAAAUGUACGUGACGGUUGGCUGCACGGCGUUGAAGUUGAUCCUACGGAACUUUGCCCCAGUGAUCAAGUCGAAUGUUGAAGCGCCUCUGCAUUCCAUUGGCGUAGAUGUUUCUAGAGAAGAAAGAUAUCACAAGUGUUUAUCUUGCUACGAGAAGUUAGAAGCAAUAAGGCCGUUAAUUCUGCGAAAACAAUCUAGUUCUGGUCAAAUUGGAUCAACAUUUCGUGAGAUUAAUGUUCUUAUGAAUACCCUAGUGUGACCGUGGCUUCUACAAGAUUAUUGUUAUAUCCCGGUGCUACAAAAAAACUUCCAAAAAGUGUAAAAAAGUAGAAAUUGCCAAUUUUACGACUUGAGACUGAAUUAAGAGGCUUCUCGAGUAUUCUGUACAUUCAUUAGCCUCAAACUUGCCGGCUAGUCCUCCUAAAACAGAAACAAACCGACAAAUGGAGAGAACAUUUUUUAGAUAAUCUUAUAAAAUUGUCAUUUAUUGAAAAUCCAUGCCAUAAAUUUUGAUGACAAUGAAAGGAGAGAAUAAGUUGAAGAAAAAAAAUAUAGAGAUUAAUUUCCACGUUUUUACUUCCGAAUAAUCACAAUAUAAUUAUGAAAAGUUAAUCAGUGAUUUAAUGUUAGGGCAUCGUGAUACGUCUUUCGCUCAAAAAAAAGAGAAAGAUGAGUGAUUUUGAAUGCAUAAGUGAUAGAACAAAAUAGUAGAAACGAAAAAAGACAUGGAUAGAAAUUUAUACUUAAUAUUAAAAUGGAGAGAAUGAGUUUUAAAUAUUUCAAUUUACCAACAAACAGAGUUAGCAUUCUAUGCAAAUAAAUUUGUAUCAUAUUAUAAUACACACAUUAUUAUAAAGCAAAUCAUAGUUUCCUAAAAAGAAAACGAUCAAUAACGAAAAUUAGUCAGAUAAUGUUUAGUUCUCUAAAAGAAUGUAUUUUUCCAUAAAUAAUUCCUAUUCCGAUCCUAAAAAAUAAUAAAUAAGAAAAAUAAAUCAUAGACGGAUAUUUACAACAAAAAAAAAAAUAUUUUAAUGC